AUGAAAAAAGCAACAAAGAACACGAGAAAAACAAGUGAUAGAUUUGAAGGCGCAAGUGGAAGUGAUAACGCAGAAGAAGCUGAAACAAAUUUAGAAGAAAUAUUUAUCGCGGAAUUGGAGGAGACAAAAAGGAAUUUUAGAAUGGACCAUCCUUGUAUAAAAAGUCUGUUUUUUAAAAGUAGAGAAAUUUUCUCACACCUUUUCGAGAUUGUUGCUUCUCUUCAAGAAGACAACUGUCUUCUGUUUGAGUAUAUAGAAAGAAUGGAAAUGUUUCAAAUUCAUGUAGACAGUCUAAUCACAGAAGUCGAAACGGGUAAUUUGAAGCACUUCAGAAACAUCAAAGGAAUUAUUGAAAGAAACGACGAGUUCAUGUUGAGGGUAUUGUAUCGUUUAAAAUGCCAAUUACAACUUAGAUUUCACCAAGUUUCCCAAUCCGUAAACAUGAACACAAUUAACGACUUACUUGUAAAUUGGAAAACUGGAAUUGUCGAUCAAGUGAUUUAUGAAGACAAUCCAAAUUUUAUGUUCUACUCCGAACUUAUUGAACUGUUUUAUUUCCCAGACGAUAUUGUAAAUGGAAUCCAGCCAAAUUAUUUUUCUAAGAAACACCAGUUUGGAGACGUUUUUGAUGAAGAGUUGUCUAAACUUAGCGAUGCAAUGUGUUUAAUGAAUGAUGAAGAAAUUAAUAAACUUAAAUUGAACAUUAAGAAAUCUGAAAACGAAUAUCACGAAAAGUUGGUAAUAGAAACAAAACGUUGUAGGAGGCUUUCUUUGCUUGAACUGUUUGACACACUUGAACAACUUAACCUUGUAAAUCUUCAGAGUGUUGUUCACUGUUUGGUCUGCAUCUUUCCAACAUCGGUGAGUGUUGAACGUUUUUUCUCGAAACUCAAAGUUAUGCGCUCUCAAAAUAUGUUACUGAAGAUGGCAUAUGAGCGUCUGUUUUAUUGUAUGGAUAACAACAAUGUAUACUUUGUUAUUUAA